AUGGACCCCCAAUAUCUUGCUGCGUUGGAGGAGACGCUCCAGCAGACCUUUGCGCCAGCCACCGUCAAGCUGGCCACGGCCCGCUUGUCCAAGGACUUCUACCUGAACCCAUUGGCUUUACCAUCUCUUUUCCACAUCUUGCAGAAUGCCGAGCAGGACCAGGUCAAGCAGUUGGCUGCUGUGGAGGCUCGUAAGCUCAUUUCGACGAAAUGGGAGGCUGUGGACGCCUCGUUGAAGGAUCCUAUCAAGGAGGCUCUUUUGCGCAACACCUUCACCCAGCUGAACAAGUUGAUCAGACACUCUUCGGCCCGUGUUGUUGCUGCUAUCGGAGAGAUUGAGUUGGAGCAGAACCUGUGGCCUUACUUGUUGUCCACGUUGAUCAACGGUAUCAACGACGGCGACGCUCAGACCAAGGACAUGGCCGUCUACACCUUGUACACUCUUUUGGAGACCCAGAUUCCAGCUCUUGGACCAUACCUGGACGACUUUGUGACCCUUUUCGCCAACUUGUUGCAGCAACAGGGUCCUAGAGACAUCAGAGUGAACGCCACCAUGUCGCUUGAGGUGCUUUCCCAGUACAUUGAGGAAGACGCCGAGGUUAACACCGCUACUGCCAACAAGUUCAAGAACUCCAUCCCCGGUAUGGUGCAGGUGCUCAGAGAGACCAUCGAGGCCGACGAUGCCGAGCAGACCAAGGACGUGUUCAAUGUGUUCAACUCGUUGAUUUUCUUGGACAACAAGUUGAUGGGCGACCAGAUCGUCGGAGUUAUCCAGUUUGUCGUGGAGAUUGCCACCAACCAGUCCUUGGACGAGGACAUCCGUUGUAUGGCCAUGCAAUUCUUGAUUUCCGUGGUUUCCAUGAGAAAGUCCAAGGUUGUGUCCAACAACUUGGGUCCUUCGCUCACUCUUGUCGCUCUCAAGAUCGCUUCCGAGGAGAUCGAUGUGGACGAUGAGUUGAACAACGAGGACGAGGAGAACGAGAACGAGGAAAACAUUCCUUCAACCUUGGCCCUCCGUUUGAUGGCCAUCUUGUCUGGCGAGUUGCCUCCAUCUCAGGUGAUCAACCCAUUCUUCGAGAACUUGGAGGCCCAGGUCACUUCCAAAGACAUGUACGCCAGAAGAGCCGGUCUUUUGUGUAUUGGUGUUGCUUCUUCCGGUGCCCCAGACUACUUGGGUGCCCAGGCCGCUAAGCUCGUUCCUAUUAUCGUUAGAGGCUUGCAGGACCCCGAGAUCGUCGUCAAGGUUGCUGCCACCAGAGCUUUGGCCCAGUUGUCUUCUGAGUUGCAAGACGCUAUUGCCGAAUACCACAAGGAGUUCUUGCCUCUUCUCGUGGACAUUAUCAACAACGCCGCUCACGUUAUGACCUACAAGCACGCUUGUUACGCUUUGGAUGGUAUCAUCGAGUUCAUGGGCCACGAUGCUAUUGCUGAGUACGUCCAGCCAUUGAUGGAGAAGUUCUUCUCCAUGUUGCAGGAGGCAAACUCCUCUUCUUUGAAGGCUGCUAUCGUCUCUGCCAUUGGUUCCACUGCUUUUGCUUCCGGUAAAGGUUUCACCCCAUACUUCCACCAGUCCGUUCAAACUUUGGAGCCUUUCAUUCAGAAUGCUGGUGAUACCGAGGGUAUGUCCGAGCAGGACAUUGAGUUGAGAGCUCUCACCUUCGAGAACAUCUCCACCAUGGCCAGAGCCGUCGGUUCUGAGUCUUUCUCCUCUUACGCUAAGCCUUUGGUUGAAGCUGCCUACGUUGCUCUCAACUCUGAGCACUCUAGAAUCAGAGAGUCUGGUUUCGCUUUCAUCACCAACAUGGCCAAGGUUUACGGCUCUGAGUUCGCUGGUUUCUUGGACAACAUUGUUCCUCAGAUCUUGAAGUGCUUGAACCAGGAGGAGUUUUCAUUCAACCUCGAGGAGGGCGAUGCGGAGGGUCUCCUUGACGAUGACGAGGAGAACCUCGGUGACAAGUUCAAGGUCAACACCGGUAUCACCAUCGAGAAGGAGAUCGCCUCUGUUGCUCUUUCUGAAUUGGCUAUGGGUACCGGCAGUGCUUUUGGUAAGUACGUCAACGACUCCAUCACCACUUUGGCCGAGCAGAUUGAGGUUUCUUACGGUAUGAGAGAAGCCGCCAUGAACGCUCUUUGGAAGAUCGUCCGUGCCAUGUUCAAGGCCACCUACGGUGACAACUUCAAGGCUCCAGUUGGUAUCCCACAGCAGCCUUACAUUGACGGUCCUAUUUUGGACUUGAUCAAACAGGCUAGAGAGCUCACUGUUACCAACUUGGAAUCGGAGUUCGAGGUUACCUUGGCUGGUUGUGACUUGGACAACAUCUGUGAGGCUCUUAACGCCUUCGGUGCCAUUGCUGUCACCAGCGGUCCUUCUGAUACUGGUUCUUUGGAGAGAUUGUGUGGUUCUUUGAUGGACCUUUUGAAGAAGGAGCACCCAUCUCAGAUUGACGACGAGGAGCCAGUCGAGGAGGGCGAGGAUGCUUCCGAGACCGAGGCCAUGAUGUUCGAAUCUGCCUUGGAAGUGUUGAUCUUGCUUUCUAUGAAAUUGGGUCCUGACUUUGUUAAGGUUUUCGAGACCUUCAAGGGUGUUAUCCUCUCCAACGUCACUUCCAAGUCCAAGGGUAAGAGAGUCAGCUCCAUUGGUGCUUUGGCCGAAAUUUCCGUCGGUUUGAAGGACUCCAACCCAUACGCCCAAGAGUUGAUGCAGGUGUUCAGCGAUAGAUUAGCCAAUGACAAGUCCUUGGAGGUCAAGGGUAACGCCGCCUACGGUGUCGGUGUCAUCAUUGAGUUCUGCCAGGUUGACUUCUCUGCUCAAUACCAGCAAAUCUUGCAGAUGAUGUUCCACUUGUUGAGCAGAUCUGACAAGGAGGGCCAGGUUGACGACCAGGAGACCAAGGAUGUGGUCAACAGAGCCAACGCCAACGCUUGUGGAUGUGUUGCUAGAAUGGCUUUGAAGAACCAGGCUGCUAUCCCACUUGAGCACGUGUUGCCAGCUCUCCUUAACCACUUGCCUUUGCAGUCUGCUCCCGAGGAGAACGUUCCAAUCUUGAAGUGGAUCAUCAGCUUGUACGAGAGCGGUAACGAGAUGAUUGCUUCUCAGUCCGAGAGAGUGAUCCAGAUCUUUGCCGAAAUCUUCCAGAAGGAGGCCGAGAGACUCAAGUUGAUUGCUGAGUCCACUUUGGGCAGAGAGGAGUACCUCGACAGAAUGAAGCAGUUCCAGACCGAAGAGAUCAAGCAGAAGGUGAUUGACUUGUUGAAGUUCUUGAACCAGAAGUACGCUUCUGUGAUCGCUUCCCACGAGAUCUUGAAGUCUGUCAUUGCAUAA